CAUGGGUAUAGACUAAUAGCUGUAACCCCUCCCGAUAUGGUAACUUCUUGGUACGUCCAUAACUUGAAACAUUGUAACUUAGUCAACGUAUUCAUUUUUUUCCGUGCUCUGAAGAAGAAGAGAAGGUGUCAGUGUAUUCACAACAUGGCUAACGUUGAAGGUGAACUUAUGAAAAACUCAAGAACUCCGAAAUGCUCCCGCUGCAGGAACCAUGGUUUCAUCGUGCCAGUGAAGGGCCAUGGUAGCAAGUGUAACUGGAAAGAGUGCCAGUGUGAAAAAUGUUACCUCAUCACUGAGAGGCAAAAAAUUACGGCAGCUCAGAAAACACUGAAGAAACAGCUUCCAAAAGAAGAAGAAAUAAAAGCCUGUUCAUCGGUAACUAGUUCUGGCAACCCGGGAGCAGGAGACACUUCAUCUUCAGUGGAGGGUGCCCGUGAGGUCCACAACGAAGACAGCCACAGAUCAGCAGGCUCUUCUCGAAUGGCGGUUGCUGCCUCUUCCCUCGUGGAGCGUGGCCCACAUGCCAUAUGUAAUGCAGUACCAAGCAGGGAAGAUAGUACAGAACGUGUAGCGGCACCCAACAUUGCUGAGAAAAGAAGGCCUCCGCCUCUCGAAGGAAGCAGCUUCCGAAGAGCUCAUGUACCUCCUGCCCUUUCUUUCCCCAAAUUUGGACCUGCUAUGCUGCCAUCAGACUAUACCAUGAGUACUGAAUAUCUGGAGAGGGAAGCUGGCCAUGUAGCAUUGUACAGGAGUAGUUUACCUCCAAAGACAUUCCCUGGGUAUCUCAGCAAUGCAUACCGCUAUCACCCAUUCUCCAUGCACUUUUCCAUUAAUCAGACAAGCUACAGAGGAAUACAUAUGCCAUCACCUGUUCCGCUUACUAGAGAAGGGUACAGACACAUGCCAUCCAGCUCGGUAUCAUAUCCUUCCCCUUCUUUCCAGAUGCCAGACGGUACUGACAGUUUUAGAGCAACAUUUUAUUCACCACCUCCACUUUUUGCUUCUGGCCUUUUCCCAGGAAUAUACGUUCCUAAGCCCGUUGCACAUGAAACCGGAAGGGAGACAGCUGGCACCUCUCCUGAUAGUCAAGAUUCUGAAGUGCCUGAUAGUCAAGAUUCUGGAGUGAUGUCCCAAGAGAGUCGAUCAUCUCCAUAAGGAAAUACAAAGACUAAUUCAAACAGUCUGAACAACUUGUAGUUAUUUUUUGUAAAUGACAAUAGUUCUGUUUUGCAAAUUUUAAACAGAGAAUAGCUGACUCUGUAUAGUUUAAAAUAAUGGUUUCCCACUUGUUGUAUGAUUGUGUUUAUUAUUUAUAAAUAGCCGGUGAAGGAACUGGAGCACUUGUAAUGAUUAUAGGAUAAUUCCUUUAUAACUGAGGAGCAGUCAUGCAACACGAUUCUCUCCAUCAUUAUGGACAAUGACUUUGGACAACUAUAACUGUCAGACUGCAGCACAUUUGGGAUUGUGAAGGGAAAGCUAAGGGAUCAGAGAUAAGCAUGUUGUACCCAAUCAGGAAAGCAGAGUGACUGAAGGUAAGAAUGAGGUACCCAUCAGGGAAAAAAAGUAACUGUCAGUAAGAAUGAGGUACCCAGUUAGGAAAACAAUGUAGAUACGCAUAAGAUAUCCAUCUGGGAAAGCUAAUUGAUAUGAGGUAAGAAUUAAAUGUCCGCUUGAGAAAGCUAAGUGAUUGGAGAGAAGGAGUUAGCAUCUGUAGCCUGAUUGUUGAUUAAACGAGCACCUGGCAGGCUAGCAAAAGAUGGGAAAAUUACAUAUAUUAACUGUCCCUUAGAUCAUAAGCUGACUGGAUUAGUGGUGUACAAGUUAUUUUUUUAUGCUCCAUGGAAGUUCAUUCAUGAAUAUAUUUUUAAUGAAAGUAUUAUUGCUUCUCCUUUUUUUUUCAGUUUUCAUUUAGAUGUGGUCAUGGUUCCCCCAUCCCUCCAAACUGAUAUAGAUCUACCAGAAUGUCUUGUUUAAUUAUAGACACAUUUAUUGACAAAUAGUUGUUAACAGUAAUUCUAGUUCAGUUUCUGUACAUAGUUUAGCCGUUAAACUUACCUGUCGUCCUUAUUUAUUGCCUUCACUGGGUAAGUUCUGAAUUACAAAACUCUGAAACAAGCUAUAUAUGUGUGUGUGUCAGAAGUGUAAUCUGAAAUAAUUCAGACAGUAGAAUUGCUAGUGUGGAUUUAAAAUAUAGAUUGCUUUUAGUACUACAGAUGUAAAUAGGAAAUAUUUGCAAGCUGGGAAUAAAAAGUCUUGAUUUUAGGCAUGUUAUACAAUAUACCAUAACUUUAAUUUUAUUUUUUUAUUAUUUUUGAAGGCAUCACAUUUCUGCUUACAUUGUCAGAGAAUAACAAUUAUUUAUCUAUUCAGUCCUGCAAUGUCAAACAUACUGUAAAAAGUGAUAUUUUUGGAGGCUUGUAAUACAGUGCAGCUAGCAUUAAUGAUGGAUGUAAGCUGAACUCUAAAAUUUGAGUACAUGUAGUUUUAUAUACAUAUUAGAUCCAGGCAUACAAAAUAGUUAUACUGUGCAUGUGUGCUUUAUGUUAGAGGCCAUAGCUGUUUAAACCACAGUAUUGCAUAUGUUGUAAAGAAGUUUAAUAAAAGUUGGCAAUCAGAAUGCAAAA